UCCACAUGCUAGUUCCCUCCGUCCGUGUCCUCAACGUCCCUUUCAGCCUUCAUCACAACACGCGCCAUGGGGAAGGAGUCGGAGACCACCGCCACCAUCCGCACCAGGAAGUUCCUCACCAACCGUCUGCUGAACAGGAAGCAGAUGGUUGUGGAUGUGCUGCACCCCAACCGAGCCACUGUUCCCAAGACAGAGAUCAGGGAGAAGCUGGCCAAGAUGUACAAGACCACCGGCGAUGUGGUUUUCUGCUUCGGGUUCCGCACUGCCUUUGGUGGCGGCAAGAGCACUGGCUUUGCUCUCGUCUACGACACCCUCGACUACGCCAAGAAGAUCGAGCCUAAAUACCGCCUCGUCAGGCAAGGGCUCCUGGAGGUGAAGAAGACGGCUCGCAAGCAGAGGAAGGAGCGCAAGAACAGAAUGAAGAAGGCGCGAGGCACAGCGAAGGCAAAGAUGGCAGCCGCUACGAAAAAGUAAAUGGAGCAAAGUGGACAAUAAAGCUAGACGUGAAGAAACAA